AUGUCAAUACCACGCCUUGAGCUGUCAGGGGCCGUAACUGCAUGUCGGUUGAGCUCGAUGAUCUCAAGUGAACUUGAUUUGAGGAUUGAUAGGACAGUAUACUGGACUGAUUCGACAAUAGUACUUGGAUACAUCAGAAAUGUAUCCAAACGAUUUAAGACAUUCGUUGGGAACCGGCUUAGUAUUACACAUGAAAUAAGUUCAGUACAACAAUGGCGCCAUGUUGACUCCGGUUCGAAUCCCGCUGACAUUGCUUCAAGGGGAAUUGACGCCAACGAUACAGAUGGGCUUCAGAAAUGGUUUAAUGGCCCUGCGUUUUUGCGUCGUGAUCCGUCGUCAUGGCCGGUAUGCCCCACAGUGCACGACGUGAGCGGCGAUGACAUUGAAGUGAAGAGAGAAGCUGUCAUCAACCAUACAUCGACUGUAUUAGGAAUAGAUGCAAUGACGGUUCGCUACUCAAACUGGACAAAGUUACAACGGGCAGUUGCAUGGCUAUUAAGGUUCAAGUCAUAUUGCAGAAAACGCUACCUCAACCAUGACGUAGAAGUACGCACGUUCGACUUAAACGUGAUAGAAGUCCGUAAUGCCGAACGGGCAAUACUACAGUAUGUGCAGAGGACACAUUUCGCGGAGAAACUCACAUCUAUGAAAAUGGGCAAUCCGGUUAAAACCGACAGUCAGUUAGCUUCGUUAAAUCCGGUGCUGCAUAACGGGUACAUCCGGGUCGGUGGCAGACAACAACAGGCCAAUGCUGACAAUUACCCCAUUGUCCUUCCUAGUAAGCAGUGCAUUACAAGGCUCAUCAUUUGGCAUUAUCACAAGCUAAAUGGUCACGUCGGUGUCCAGCAGGUGCUCGCCUCGUCACGGGAAAGAUUUUGGAUAUUACGCGGUCCAAGUACAGUAAAAAAUGUACUUAAGGACUGCUUUGUUUGUAAAAAGCAACACAGUCCAUUGCUUACCCAACAGAUGGGUUCGCUACUUCCGAAACAGACGACUCCAGAAAAUCCACCAUUCACUUCUGUAGGAGUUGACUUCUUUGGACCGCUCAAUGUGAAACAUGGCCGAUCACACUUAAAGAAAUACGGAUGCCUAUUCACGUGUUUAACUACUCGCGCAAUUCACAUUGAAGUUGCGCAUAGUCUGACAACUAACUCCCGACGUGGGAUUCCGAACAAGGUAUUUAGCGACAACGGAACGAAUAUCGUUAGAGGCGAUAGAGAAUUACGUGAGGCAUUUACUGAGUGGAACCAGUCGACCAUCAAUGAAUACAUGUUACAACAUCACAUUGAAUGGCAGUUCAACCCUCCUUAUGGUAGUCAUAGGGGCGGUGUCUGGGAGCGGCUUAUACGAUCGACUCGAAGCAUUCUGAAGGCUACUGCUCAGGAGCAACUACUUACAGAUGAAAAGCUGUUAACAUUGAUGGGCGAAGCAGAGCGAAUUCUUAACGAUAGAUCUAUCACGCGUGUGAGUAAUGACCCAAAAGACCCACCGGCCCUUACACCUAACAUGCUUCUGCUCAUGAGAUCGAAUGCCUGCCUUCCGAGAGGGAUAUUCAAGAAGGAAGAUUCUUACUCAGUACGUUGGUGGAAACAGAUUCAUUACCUGGCAGAUGUAUUCUGGCGACGCUGGAUACGGGAAUACUUACCUCUACUGCAAAUAAGACAAAAAUGGCAGAGAGAACGAACAGAUCUUCGCGAAUGA